CGCCGUUCGUGCAUCGCGUCACGCCACACGAUGUCCUCGUCUGUCGCGACGACCCGGACGUCCGCUGGUUUCAUGUCCGGACUUUUGUUGUGCGUCCUGAUCUGCUACGGGGCGGUAACCGGAAAUCCGGACGCCAAAAGACUGUACGACGACCUGCUCAGUAACUACAAUAAGUUGGUGAGGCCGGUGGUGAACACGUCGGAUGUGCUCAGGGUGUGCAUCAAGUUGAAGCUGUCGCAGCUGAUUGAUGUGAAUCUGAAGAACCAAAUUAUGACCACAAACUUAUGGGUAGAACAGUCGUGGUACGAUUACAAAUUAAGAUGGGAACCUAAGGAAUAUGGCGGUGUACAUAUGCUGCACGUGCCCUCGGACCAUAUAUGGAGGCCAGAUAUAGUUUUAUAUAACAACGCAGACGGCAAUUUCGAGGUGACCCUCGCAACAAAAGCUACCAUUUACCAUCAGGGUCUCGUGGAAUGGAAGCCUCCGGCGAUAUACAAGUCGUCGUGCGAGAUCGAUGUCGAAUACUUUCCAUUUGAUGAGCAGACAUGCGUCCUGAAAUUUGGUAGCUGGACGUAUGACGGGUUUAAGGUGGAUCUGAGGCAUAUGGACGAGAAAGCGGGAAGUAAUGUGGUUGACGUCGGAGUGGAUUUGUCCGAAUUUUAUAUGUCCGUAGAGUGGGACAUAUUAGAAGUUCCGGCAGUGAGAAAUGAAAAAUUUUAUACCUGUUGCGACGAGCCUUAUUUGGAUAUAACAUUCAACAUUACGAUGAGGAGGAAAACGUUGUUUUAUACGGUCAAUAUUAUCAUACCGUGCAUGGGCAUAUCAUUUCUGACAGUCCUUACCUUCUACUUGCCAUCAGAUAGCGGCGAAAAGGUGACACUCUCUAUUUCAAUAUUGAUUAGUCUCCAUGUGUUCUUCCUUCUUGUAGUAGAGAUCAUUCCACCAACCUCGUUGGUCGUCCCACUUUUAGGAAAAUAUUUAAUAUUUGCAAUGAUAUUAGUCUCCAUAAGUUGCGUCACUUGUUGUAUGACAGAUUGUAAAUUUAUGACUAGUAAGUUUAUGUCAACGAGUGGAGGAAACAUAUCGACUUCCUGUAUAUACCCUUAUCAUACAACAGUUAGGAGAACCGAAUCAAGUCCUAAAAGAAGGUUUGUUCCGAAUAGCAGGACUCCUUCGAGAGAUAACAUCCACCAAAAUUUAGCCGACGGCGGUCCUUUUGGGAGCGCAUGUCAAAUCCAUGGCCCCGGCAUGGCAAUAACUCCAGCCGGUUCCGAAGACAUUACGGAGUCUUCAGCAUUAGAUAAUGGAGAUAGUGGCCCUAAAAGUCCUAUACUACUGCGAAAUCCAGCCUUCAGUCACUCGAAAUGUCCUCCGGAAAUACACAAGUCGUGCUUUUGCGUGAGAUUCAUCGCAGAACACACCAAAAUGGUGGAGGAUUCAACAAAGGUAAAAGAAGAUUGGAAAUAUGUUGCCAUGGUAUUGGAUAGGUUAUUCUUAUGGAUAUUUACAUUAGCAGUCCUAGUAGGAACUGCAGGAAUAAUCUUACAAGCACCAUCUUUAUAUGAUGAUCGAGCACCUAUAGACAAGAAAUUUAAUGAAUUUGCCACAACUGUUGUCAGAUGUCCCCCUCCAUAGAGUGCCAUUGUUAUUUAAAGUUUUUAUUUGAGUCACAUUCAUAAACAUUUUAUUACUCAAAAACUUAUAGAAUCUAUUGAAUGGUGUUAGAAUAAUUCUAAAGCGUUUACCUGUUUAGAAUUAAUGUGUAAAAUAUAAUGGUUAAGAGUU